AUGCCCAGGAGUUAUUCAUGUCAUAAGAGAAGAUUAAGUGAGAUAUCUAAUAGAUAAAAUAACAAUGAUAAGAAUUAUAUAAAAAUUAUAGAAUCUAGUAGAAGGAAUAAAUUUUUGGAUUCAAGAAGGAAAGAUAUAAUAAAGUAAUAGGAAAUUAUAUCAGAAAAUAAUAGGUUACUUAAUAAAAUAGUGAAUAUCAAGUCUAGUUUUUAUUGUUAAGUAAUUUUUAAGAUAUAAUUUAAUAGUCAUCUAGAUAAUCUAUAAGCAGCGAUUGUUCAAAAUUAUCAGCAAGAUCAAUUGAAUAGAAAUAAAUGAAUGUUCAACGUAUUAAGAACAAUUAUCUUAUAAAAUAAAAGAGAUUUUAAAUGUGUAUAAGCUGAUAUAAUAUUUCAGUAAGGCUACUUAUUAGACAAUUCCAAUAGAGAGAACCAGCAGAGAUUAAAUUAAAAAACCUAUUUAUUAAAUAGAGAGUAUUAAAUAGAGUUAGAAAUGUCUAUAAGUAUAAAAGAUAAAUUAAUUGCGAUUAUUAUCUCUUUCCACUUUGAGAAACAAUAACAGAGUUAGAAUAUCUAAUUCAGAAAACAUAAGGAUUGUGAAUACAUUACCAGAAAUCAAAAACAAAAAUUAUUAAAUCAUAGCAAGAAGAUUAAAAGAUAAAUUGUAUAAUAACUGA